GGAUCCAACUUGUGGUUUAUGGAAUUGUAGUACUGUGAACAUAAUACAAUAUUACUAAGUUAUAACAAACAAUUAUCAUAAAUAAGAGAAGCAUUGGAAGACAAAUGAACUGAAAAGAAAUAGGAAAACAACCUAUAAGAUAGCUACAACAACAUUAAUGGAAAGAAUAAAAUAAAUUUUAAACUGGAAACUAUAUAAAUAAAUCCAAAUACAUUUGGUCCUGAAGUAAAAAAAAAAAAAAUCACUUCAUUUGUUGCCGAGGUUAUUACAUUUAUAGAUUAUACUGUGAGGAACAUUUAUUAAGCUGUCUGAUUCAGUUGAUUUGUUGCUUAGUUUUGUUGGAACUCAUUUUUCUUUUUCUUUUUCCUACAAGGUAUAGUUUUUUGAUUGGAGGGAUGGAAAAAGGACAUGUUUGGAAAAAGUGAUGUAAAAAAAACAAAAAAAGAAAUAAAAAAACCAAAAUUUAAAAAAUAAGAGAUCAUCUGGAUACAUUUUUCUCUGAAUGAAUAAAAAAUAUUAUUUAUGGUGUUCUUUGUAACUGGUACCCUGCUAUCAAUUAUCGUUUAUUAGUAGUUAUCUGCACCAGCAGAAAGAGGGUCACACCAAUGAAAUCAUGGAUUUAUGGAAACAUCAAAAUAUAAUUCAAUCAAAAGUCAGAUGGAAUAUAGCAAUAAUGGACAUUUCUGCAAUCACUCCAUCUUUCUUUCCUUGAGCUUUGUUAAAGGAUGAGAUGAUCUGCACUGACAUGGCGUCCUUUCCUAGAGAGUCCUAUCCCCAAUUACUCCAAUUAGCCAAACAGUCCUCGCUCCUCCUUCAAGGUAAUAGGGUAAAAAACAGAAAUCUCUCACUUCUUUCCUGAAUCUGGGACGCUCUGCAACGAGAUACCUCUUUGUCCCGCCUUAUUACUCUUAUUUAUCACUACUUCUUACCCUGUUCGAAGCCCUUCUCCCUCAACUCGGGCCCCGAGAUAAACCCGAGUGGGGGAGGGGAAGCGGGAAGAACAGUCCCAAAGCCCUUUCCCUGUCCAUGGGGGAUGGCUCCAAUCCAGGAAAAACAGCUGGCACAGAGGAAACAUUGCGAGUGGAGAGAGCUCCGCAGUCUCCAUUCUACAAACCUGAGCCAUCUGGUGAUAGAGACAGAAAAGCGGGAGGGAAAGAAGCUUAUGAGAGGGGGGGAAAAAGAUCCUAGGGUCUUAGGAGAAGGGAAAAGGCCGAGAAAGGAGGGGCCGGAGGAAGAGGGGGCAGCCGGCACUCUCGCUUUGUCUAGAGCUUGCAGGUAUUUUCCGCUUUAAGAAGCAGCCCAGCUGGGGGCCAGAGGGCAGCAGCGAGCACCGGGGCCGGGCUGGAGACGCUGGGCGCAGCGGGUUCUGUGCGCCGCGGCGGCACCUCCUCUCCCCGGAGCUGACAGGCAGCAGGUGGGCGGAGUGGAGGCCGGGGCGGUGGCGGGGCGGACGCCGCCGGCUCCGAUGCUGCGAGGCUGCUGGUCCGGGUCGGCGCUCGCGGGAGGAGGAGGGAGAAAGAGAGAGGAGAAGGCUCCGCCAGCGCGGAGUCUACGCCAUGGACUUCAACAUGAAGAAGCUGGCAUCGGACGCGGGCAUCUUCUUCACCAGGGCGGUGCAGUUCACUGAAGAGAAAUUCGGACAGGCAGAGAAGACAGAGCUAGAUGCUCAUUUUGAAAACCUCCUGGCCCGGGCAGACAGCACCAAGAACUGGACAGAAAAGAUUCUUCGCCAGACAGAGGUGCUCCUGCAGCCAAAUCCAAGUGCUCGGGUGGAAGAGUUCCUCUAUGAGAAGCUGGACAGGAAGGUUCCCUCUCGAGUCACCAAUGGGGAGCUGCUGGCCCAGUACAUGUCAGAGGCUGCCAACGAGCUGGGGCCAGAGACGCCCUAUGGGAAGACCUUGAUCAAGGUUGGGGAGACCGAGAAGCGUCUCGGUGCAGCAGAGCGAGACUUCAUCCACUCUGCUUCCAUCAACUUUCUGACUCCUCUACGCAACUUCUUAGAAGGGGAUUGGAGGACAAUUUCGAAGGAGAGACGGAUUCUUCAGAACCGGCGCCUGGACCUCGACGCCUGCAAAGCCAGACUGAAAAAGGCCAAAGCAGCCGAAGCCAAAGCUGCGGCCGUGCCUGAUUUUCAGGAGACUAGACCUCGUAAUUACAUUCUCUCUGCCAGCGCAUCCGCGCUGUGGAGUGAUGAAGUAGAUAAGGCAGAGCAGGAGCUUCGUGUGGCCCAGACAGAGUUCGACCGGCAGGCAGAGGUCACUCGACUCCUGUUAGAAGGAAUCAGUAGUACCCAUGUGAAUCACCUUCGCUGUCUCCAGGAGUUUGUCGAGUCUCAGGCCACAUAUUAUGCACAGUGCUAUCGACACAUGCUGGACCUACAGAAACAACUGGGCAGCACUCAAGGAGUGAUAUUCCCGGGCACCUUUGUGGGCAACACUGACCCCGCCUCCUCGCCUUUGAGCAGUGCCUCCCUGGCAACGGCUGCUGCCACCAUCCCGGUGGUGCCCACCGUGGCAGGCAUGCCGCCCGCAGGAGAAGCUGCCAUCAGCUUGGAUGACGUGGCCCCGCCUGCCAGCGGGACCCGAAAGGCGCGGGUGUUGUAUGACUACGAGGCGGCUGACAGCAGCGAGCUGGCCCUCCUGGCCGACGAGCUCAUUACGGUCUACAGCCUCCCCGGAAUGGACCCCGACUGGCUCAUAGGGGAGAGAGGCAACAGAAAGGGGAAAGUACCGGUCACCUACUUAGAACUGCUCAGUUAAGCAGGGCCCUGGGCCCACCUUCUGAGGGCUGCCACGGCUCCCCGCACCUUCUCCCAUCGCUUCCCACUUUCACCCUCAGGUGGGAGAGAGAAGGUAGAGGGGAAGGAAAAGGGUGCUGUCCCUUAACUCCCCUCGCUUCAUUCUACCGUUUGUUUAUUCGUUACCUUGCCGAGAUCCUGGCUCAGGGUGGAAGCUGUAUCCUCCCUUCCCUGUCAUGGUCAUUCCAUCAGGGAGCAAAGGGGUCUCAGAGGAGCUCCUGGUCCCUGAUCUUGCUUCUCCCAUUCCACCUUAGGGACAGAACACUGGAGGCCUCCCUCUCUACUGCUUUUCUCAGCCCUCCUGCCCCUGCCUCUGAGCUUACUGAAGGAAGUAGAUAGCCAGGCUUUGAGGGAGGAAGUUAGGCCUUAUAUGGGGAAUCUGGAGAAAGGCUAAGAGCCAUAUGGUUGGGGAAGAGCGGGGCCCCCAGGAAAAAAAGAGGUCUUGAAUGCAAACCUCCCUGCUACCUUGAUAACUUGUUUUGGAGCAGGGAGUCCUCAAUGGUGCUUAUGGCUGUGGGGCCAAAAGCUCCUCCGGAUAUUUUAAUCACAUCUUUCGAACCCCAGGUUUUGGCUAAAUCCUUUAGUUGCCAAAGAAAAAAAGGGGCAGUUCGGUCCUGCCUGUUUCGAUCCUGGAGGACUUAGGAGGGGAGAGCAUGUAAUGAAAGUGAUCUGAGCUUCUCUGGAGCAAGGAAACUAGUGGAAGUUCCUCUCAUUCCCAUUAACUAACCCACACCUGUCCCAGUCCCCAAGGGUGAUCCCAGGGACAGGGACCAUGGAAGCCUCUUCAGUCUCUUUACCACUGUCUUUUCAGUCAACACACCUUAAGUGCAGCGUCCUUCCUCUUGCCCCUCAGGUAGGUAGCCAGGCAAGGUCCUUGUUGUGGCCCAUCCCUCUGCUGUCUUUAGCUCUCUUUCACACUCACUUUUUAACUGGCAUUUUUACUCCCGUGUCAAUGCCCGGCUGCUCAGCCUCUUGUGAAUGAUAAUAAAUCACCUGUAGUGCACAA